AAUGACCGGUGGAGUGAGAAGAGUGGGAAGCCAUUGGACGACCUGAGCAUGAUGAAGAUCGUGCAUGCAUAUCGAGCUUUCUUUAUUCCUCAUCUCUGAUCUCUUCGGGAGCGAAGUCAGCUGUGUUUCUCGCUUGCAUGAAGGUGCCGUUCUUCGUUUCUCGCCCAAUCAAUCUGUGACUGUGAUCCUCGCCACCCACCGGAGGAGAGGCAGCCAACCGGCGUUGGAGUUGGGGAAGCUCCGACGAGGUUCAGGGUUAGGUCCGUGAACUUCGAAAGGAGAAGGGGUCUUCGCAGGGCUAAGAAGUUUGAGGGUGGACCCAGGGAAGGGAAAGCUAGCUAUCUCGGUAGCUUGCAAACCGAGCUAGCAUUUGUGGGGGUUUCUUAAAGUUUGUUUGCUGGUGCGUAGUUAGGGUUCGGAAGUAGUCGGUGUUGUGGUGGGAGAUUUGAUCCGUGGAAGAAGGGAUUGGGGGUGGAAGGGAUGUCGACGAAGCGAUGCAUGAACGGCGGUUGUGGUGCUACGGCGGCGGCCGGAGUAUGGAGGAAGGGUUGGUUGCUGAGAUCGGGUGGAUUCGCCACGCUUUGCGAUAAGUGCGGGUUGGCGUACGAGAGGCUAGUUUUCUGUGAAAGUUUCCACCAAAAGGAAUCUGGCUGGAGGGAAUGUGCCUUUUGUGGAAAGCGUCUACAUUGCGGGUGCAUUGCUUCGAAGUCUAUGCUCGAUCUGCUUGAUGGUGGAGGAGUACAAUGUCUUAUGUGCUUGAAGAAUUAUGGAAAUUCUUCGAUACCAGCUGAAUCCGUCCAAGAUUUGUUGCCUCCGCCCUCUCAAAGAGUUCUUGCCUUAUCUGCCAAGUGUUCUGUGGAUGAAAAGACGAACGAGUUCGAUUCAUCGCCCAUCAAUAAAUCUGCUGAACUCCAAAUUAUCUCGUCCAACCGUAUUAUCACCGAUGACGCAACUAUGAAAUGCAAUCUCAUGCAUUUAGGUAGAAACAUGGAUGUCAAUGGGUACAACACCAUGCUUCUAACACCGAGAGAAAACACAAAUGGUUGUUUCAAUCGUGUUAAGCAAGAGCAAAUUUCGCUUCAUAGAGGAGAUUUAGGACGUUCUGAUUGCAUGGGUAAAGGCCACAAAAGUGAUUCUAAAUAUGAUUUAAAAGAUUAUUUAAGUAAUCCGUUUGCAGAUGCUCGUCUUAGCAUGAGCUUGGGUGGCGCUAACACGAGCAACAUUUUGGAAGCAUGUUCCAAUGCUGGCACCCGGGAAAUCGCGAUGUCUCAUCAAGCCAUCAUUGAUGAUGGAAGGGAUCAAGGAAAGAUUUUAACCACAUUCCAGAACGUUCAAAGGGCUCGACAUGUUUUGCCGAAGCUGCCAAAGCUCGCUUUAGAUGCGUCGAAGGAGAUGGUUCCGCAAAUGCGUGUUGCACGGCCGCCUGCGGAAACAAGAGGAAGGAAUCAGUUGCUUCCACGUUAUUGGCCACGGAUCACCGAUCAAGAGUUGCAACAAAUAUCCGGAGAUUCGAACUCCACUAUUGUCCCGCUUUUUGAGAAGGUCCUAAGUGCGAGUGAUGCUGGCCGGAUUGGUCGUUUAGUUCUCCCCAAGGCUUGUGCAGAGGCAUAUUUUCCUCCAAUUUCGCAACCUGAAGGCAUUCCGUUAAAGAUUCAGGAUGCUAAAGGAAAAGAGUGGCAUUUCCAGUUUAGAUUUUGGCCGAAUAACAACAGCAGAAUGUAUGUUUUAGAGGGCGUAACUCCAUGCAUACAGUCAUUGCAGUUGCAGGCUGGAGAUACAGUAACUUUCAGCCGGAUAGAUCCUGAAGGGAAACUUGUAAUGGGCUUUCGAAAGGCAACUAAUACCGCCCCUCUGCAGGAAGCCCAAAUUUCUGCUUUGGCAACUGGGGUCCUGGGAAGUGAAACCUUCUAUUCCGGUCUUAAUAUGAACCUACUAGUAAGUGGUUACUCUGGACUUCUUCAGUCAAUGAAGGGAACGCGAGCUCCCCAUUUGAGCCAUUUUUCUGAAAAUUUCAUUUGUGCUGACGAGGAGGUCUGUUGCGUAAAGACAGAUAAGCAUGGAAGUUGGGCGAAUGAGGGAUUAUUGCAGUCUUCGCUGACUCCGGAGAAGCGAAGAAGUCGGAACAUCGGUUCCAAAAGCAAGAGAUUGCUUAUGAACAACGACGAUGCCAUGGAGCUUAAGCUUUCGUGGGAGGAGGCGCAGGAUUUGUUACGCCCUCCUCCCACGGUUCAACCGAGCAUUGUCAUAAUUGAGGAUCAGGAAUUCGAGGAAUAUGAGGAACCUCCCGUUCUUGGAAAGAGAACUUUUUUUACAGCUCGGGCGUCAUCGGGGGGACAAGAUCAAUGGAUCCAAUGUGAUGAUUGCUUCAAAUGGAGAAGGAUUCCUGUGGAUUUCCUGCCUCCUUCAAAAUGGACAUGUGUUGAGAAUACAUGGGAUUCAAAAAGGUCUUCAUGCUCCGCGCCAGAUGAACUGACUUCAAGUGAGGUGCAGGAUCUCCUUAGGCAGCAUGCAGAGCUUAAAAGGCCACGCAUUUCAAGUUCAAAACAAUCUCCAUCAGAGGCAGAAUCAGCUGGUCUUGAUGCCUUGGCCGCCGCCGUGGUACUGGGGGAAGUCGGCAACCAAGCUUCUCCCUCGACGGCGACCACCACGAGGCAUCCACGUCACCGCCCCGGCUGCACCUGCAUCGUCUGCAUCCAGCCGCCCAGCGGCAAAGGCCCUAAACACAGCCCCACCUGCACCUGCAAUGUCUGCAUGACCGUAAAGCGUCGAUUCAAAACUCUAAUGAUGAGGAAGAAGAAACGCCAGUCCGAGCGAGAGGAAGCCGAGGUGAACAAGAAGCUUUCUUGGGGCAGCCGGGAAGAACUCGAAGGUACGAGCAGCUCCAACGUGAAAGAACGAGAAGCCGAUCUCAUGGAAACACUCGAGAUUUCCAAGGGACAUAUCGACUUGAACUGCCAGCCACAACGCGACGCGGAACAACGAGCCGCCACUGCCGGUGCAUCAUCAUCUUCUCCGCAGAUGAGCAUGAUGAGCCUUCUUCAGGUGGCCGGCCUUCCUCUGGAGAACUAUCUGAAGCAAAAUAGGCUUGUGAGUUUGACACCGAGCGAGCAGCAGGUGAGCUCCGGCUCAGCCACAGUUCCUCCGGCUGCUGUCGAGAGCGAGAGCUGUGGUGACGACGAUCUCUGCGGCUCGGAGAAGGUUAGAAAUGACGCAGCUGUUUGAGACAAAAGUAUGAAUCAGUAUCUAAUGGCUUCUUGCUUUGAUAUUUAUAAGAGAUUUAUUGGUGGUGGGUGCUGUGUUUCAUGUGUGUCACUUAUUGAUGUAGUUGAUGGAAGGUUGUGGUUUGCUUAGUGUGAAUGUGUGAUAGUGUUCAUGCUUGAGACAAGCUUACUAUGAGGGGAGACCUUUUGAGAAUGUAAAGAUGAUUAUGAUUUCUGAAAUCAUGGUAGCCUUUCUUUUGGGGA